CCCCGAGCUUCCCUGGACUCGCCUCGAUCCCUCAUUCCUCUACUGCAGCACACUAACGCCAUGGAUGGACGACUGAAGCUCCCUGCUACCUCUAAAUCCCUGUCCUCAGUAGCCGAUUGCUUAAAUUGAGUUUGCCAUCACCUCCCCCUCGCCACGUCGAUCCGUUCGAACCCUUUCCCGAGCGCAGCCAUGAGCGGCGAUGCCCGCGCCAUUGCAGCAGUAGGCUGCCACCGCGGGCUCGCGUGGCCAGGCCACCUGGGGCUGCCGCCGGCCGAGCCAACUCCUUGGCUGUGCGCGCCCUCCACUAGGGACGGCUCGGCUGGCCCCGCCGCGCUCGGCCGACACCGGCGAGCCCCGACCAGGAAAGGCCGAUCCCCUUCCCUGUACGUUCCAAGGAAGAAGACGACGGACCAAUCUGCAAAUUCCAUAACAGCAGGGGGACCGAGAGAUGAUGAUCGUGCAAGUGAUGUGGUGACAACCACAAGAUGCAGUCGGUGGACGACCCAAGGAAGGAUGGACUUGACCAGUGGAUGCUCGCCAAGCGAGUGCCACCCAGCAAACACUACCUAAGUGUUAAAUUAAAGGCAAGCCCCG